AUGAGUUUUGAUUCGUUAUCUGCGAGCACACCCGGCCUCGGCGUUUUUCCACGUCGUGCGAUCACAAUCGCAGCGCCAGAUGACGCACACGCGCAGACCGUUACCGUCUAUCUGCAUACAUUCAAUCCCGAAUCAUGCGAUCAGCGCAUCAAGAUUGAUUUCUAUAAACGAGCAACCACAGAAGAAUUGAUCGAAAAGCAAUUUUCUGUGCAAUUUUUCUCGUUGCAAACACAAUUAGUGAGCUACACGUGCGAUGAUUUCGACUUGUAUGAAAUUAUGGGUACUCUUGAUGGGCAAACUUUUAAAGAGCGUAAAUUGGAUCGAGGUGAAUAUCCUGUAGCCGUACAAAUGCUUUGGUCACAAUCCGUUCAGAACAACAGCAAUGAAGCGGCACCCAAAAAUCGUUUCGUAUUGCGACACAAGAGUACUCGACCUAUUGUUGACGGGGGUAUACGUCUUGGAUCUGCCGAUGCUUCAAGUACGAUCGAUUCAUUCCUGGCAAAAUUCCUCACUCAGCCACAGGAUCGUGAAUAUGCGGAUUUAUGCAUGCUGCCUGAAUUGACCGAACAAACACUUUUGGACAACUUGCGUGAUCGAUUCAAAAGUGGUCAUAUUUACACGUACAUCGGUCCAAUUCUCGUUGCGGUGAAUCCUUUUAACUUCUUUCCUAUUUACAACCCAAAAUAUGCUCGUCUUUAUUGUCAAAGCAGGCGACUCGGCGCAUUGCCUCCGCAUAUUUUCGCGAUUGCCGAUGUUACAUAUCACAAUAUGCUUCGUAUCAAGGAAAAUCAAUGUGUCGUGAUCAGCGGCGAAUCGGGUUCAGGAAAGACUGAGUCAACUAAUUUUUUGCUUCAUCACCUCACGUCACUCAGUCAGAAGGGAUCUACUGGUAGCUCUAUUGAACAGACCCUUCUCUCAGCCGGGCCCGUACUUGAAGCAUUCGGUAAUGCGGUGACGGUCCAGAAUAAUAACAGCAGUCGCUUUGGCAAAUUCAUCAAAGUGAACUAUCGAGAAAAUGGAAUGGUUUCUGGGUAUGUUUAUGCAAAUGUCGAAAUAUAUCUCCUCGAAAAAUCUCGCAUCAUAUCGCAAGCUGUUGACGAACGUCAUCGAAUUUACCCUAAUUCUCACCUGCUCAUUGAAAAUAUGUCUUUCAGAAAUUAUCAUGUGUUCUAUUAUUUGCUGGAAGGGGCGACAGAAGAGGAACGCAAGCGCCACUUCCUCCUUCAACCGAGUGAUUAUUAUUAUCUCAAUCAGAAUAAAUUUUAUUCGGCAGAAGGUGUAAAUGGUAAAUAUGAGUAUGCGCGUCUUAAGCACGCUAUGGAUGCUGUUGGUUUCUCGAUCAGCUCUCAACAAAAUAUGUUCGCUGUAAUUUCAGCCGUUUUACUGCUUGGCAACAUUGAAUACAUAAAAAGGCCUGGUUAUCAUAGUGAUGAAAAUGCAUAUGUGAGUAAUGAAGAGCUGGUGGGAGUGAUUGCUGAAUUACUUGAUAUAAAAGCUGCGAAUCUGAUUCAAGCGAUGACUAUGAGACGUACGAUUAUGAAGAAUGAUACAGCGAUAAGUACGAGGAAUGCAAUGGCCAAAUGUCUUUAUAACGCUCUCUUCCACUGGAUUGUGCUGAAAAUUAAUCUAGCACUUUUGAAGAAGGAAUCUUUCACCGGUAAAAAAGGAUACUACAUUGGAAUCCUCGAUAUUUUUGGGUUUGAAGAUGUUGGUGCACAGUGGAAUUCGUUUGAGCAAUUAUGUAUUAAUUAUGCUAAUGAGCAUUUGCAGGCCUAUUUCAAUCAACACAUCUUCCAGUUUGAGCAGGAGGAAUACUUUAAAGAAGGGAUUUCAUGGACAAACAUUGAAUAUACGGACAAUACUGAAUGCGUGCAAUUGUUCCAGAGUAAGCCGUACGGUAUAUUGCGAUUGAUCGAUGAAGAGAGUAAUAUCAAUAAUGGAACUGAUAAAUCAAUGUUCGAUAAGCUCAACCAUUUCUUGAACAAUCAUGAAUAUUAUGAAAUUCCUCAAAAACGUGAACUUGCAUUCAUUGUAGCACAUUAUGCUGGCAAAGUAAAGUACCAGAUUACUGGUUUUCGUGAAAAGAAUAAGGAUCUGAUGAGGCAAGAUGUCAUCAUGGUGUUGAAAAACAGUCGUUCUGCGUUUGUUCGUGAACUAGUCGGUGAUGAUCCGGUUGCAGUUUUCCGAUGGAAUGUGCUUCGUGCUACUAUUCGAGCGAUGAAUGCGUUUCGACAGGCUGGGAUGAAAGCUAAACAUUUAGAAAGUUUGGAUCAUUUAAACGUUGGUUGUGCCAACGUUGUUGUACCAAGACGAAGCUCAGAUACACAUUUAAGCGCCUUCCUUCGUGGUGAUAUAUCCCCUGAAGUUGUACCAGACUUUUGUGAUACAUCUUUUUUCAAAACAAUAGUCACUCAAGCACGCAAACAACCGAUGAAACCGAGAGAAGAACGACAAAGCACACUCAGAAGCCUUCAAGCAAUAAAGGCUCUCUCUAAUACGAAACGUAUCAGUGGUAAGCCAUCAUCUGUUAGUAAACAGUCCAACAUCGAUGCAAAUUCGUUCAUAUCGUUACUCUUUCAGAUUCCAAAUUAUUUUGAUGAUAAUAUUAUUCUGCGUCAGUUGCGCUAUACGGGUAUGUUGGAAACCGUUCGAAUCCGUAGAGCUGGAUAUAGCUUUCGAAUUCAAUACAACAUUUUUGUGCGUGAUGCGGAAAAGUUAUUGCUGGAUGACCAACUGCACAAGACGAUAAUGCAUCAUAUCGAAACCCUGCAGCAUUGGUUCCGAGCUAUUAUUAUUAGACGGAAGUUCUUGCGUUUACGAGCUUCUGUUUUAAGAAUACAGGCAUUGGCUAGGGGAAUGUUAUUAAGGAAUCGAUUGCGAGAAGAAGCGAAUGCUACACUUGUUAUUCAAACCAACUGGAGACGCUAUGUGGCAGAGAAGAAAUAUCGGCAACUUCGUAAUGCGGUACUCGCAAUUCAGGCGGCGUUUCGAGGCAAUCAGUUCAGAGAUCAAUUCGGUGAGAUACAGCGUUUGAGGGCAUUCAAGAAGACGAAUGCAAUCUUCGGUAUAGCAAAGGUGAUUCACAAACAUGAACUGGCCUCAUUUGAUCUCAACAAUCCUGAAUCACUUGCAACGUUUGCAUUUUCGGAUGAAGAUGAGGAGGACGAAGAAUCGUCGAGUACCGUUGACUUAUUAGACGAGGAUGACGACGGCAGCGUCAGCGGUGAUAAUCGAUUAUCGAAAGAUGGACGUUCGGAUAUUGAUCUGGACGCAACGUUCAUCGUUGAGGAUAAGAAAUUGAAACUUAUCGAUGAAAAACCUGAGACGGACUUUAAAAGGCGACAAAGUUUAGCUACCACUGGUUCCACAGCCAAGGAUCAAUUUCGUGUUCUCUACUUAGAACGCAAGCAGUUUUCUUUCAUUUCGAUUUUUCGUUCAAUCAAAUCUGAAAGACCCUUGUUUUUGUUUCAGUUGAAAAUGCUACGAAGAGCAGCAAGCACUGAGAGCGCUCAAAUACCGCUAAAGGAGGACCGCUCUAAGGAUCCGCAAAGUCCGGAGGGCAAAAUUAAGCCUAAACGGAUGGGUUUCACUCGAGCCAAAAAGCAGUUGAAAGCAUUUCUUACCAGGAGAAGCGACAGUAUACAAAGCGAGAACGAAGAUGCGCCUGAUUUGAGCGCAAGGUUAGAAAAAGAACUGUUAAAUUUGGGUUUGAAUUCGCACAUUGUUAUCGUUAGCGAUGGGAUAUUGUCUCCUGAACAAAACAAAAAGUUAUACUCCGUAAAAAAUGCCGCAUUAAUUUUCAGUACAAAUUUGAUUGCAUCGCACAGUUCAACGUCGAUUUCGAUGAAGAAAACACAUAGCUUCAAGCUGAGUCGAUUUCACCGUGCUGAAUCUUGUGCACUGUGCAACAAAAGCUUGACCGGAUUACUCGUUCAAGGGCAUAAAUGUACAAGUUGCAAACUUUCAUUUCACAAGGAAUGUUUCGCCUUCGCCAAUAAUAUUCCCUGCCAAGCGUGUCCUCCGUCGCCUCGGACUGAGCUGUCUCCGCCCAAAAAACCGUGGGAUAUUAGGAGCAGUUUGUCACCACGUCAUUCAUUAGCACCGUUGAAUUUGCAGACACCAAAGUCAUUCAACCUUUUCAAGACUAAGCAACAGUUAACUUCUCUCGAGAAGAAUGUACAAAAAAGGGAUACAAUGGUGGAUGCGAUUUUCAAGAAAGCGCUGAAAGAAUUCCAUAUGGAAAUUAUCGGCUACGAAGCCGUUUUAAUCGAAGAUAAAGCGGUUUUGAAAUAUCGUGAACUCAUCACCACUUUUGAAGGCUCGCUCAUAAAAGUGUCCGCCAAAGAAAAGGUGACGUUUCCAACAACUCUUGGACUGAAUGCGUUUCGUGGUUUCCUCAACGAAUUCAUGCAGGAACAAAUGAAACGCAAAACUUCGCAAAAGAAGUCGAGUAUGCUGCAGGUUAAUCAUGCAAAAUUGAUUAGUGCAAUUCGAUAUUAUCCGAUUGUUUGCACCGAUUUUAUUGAUGGACGAACGAAUCGGAUGUACACAGCUUCCUUCCCUGUGUAUCCUCAUACCUUAUAUGUUGCGUUGCGACUGCGUCCUUACCACUCAAAAUGUUCGAAAGAAGAGGAGAAAAUCAGAUGUGAUUGUAAGUAUUUCCGGUUUUCAAUAAUAUUCGGUGGAUGUUCUUUUAUGAACUCCACUCAAAUUCCUUCCCUGUCACAGUAUGUAAACAAUGUGUCAACAUCAAUUAAUGUCUUUACAAUCGUUUCUCCUGGCAUUCGUAUGCGAGCUGGUGUGUCAUCGGUUUAUGUGUUCAUGACCGAGCUGGUUUUUUUUUUUUUGAGAAAAGCCAGAGCCGCAAUUAUGGAUAUGACGUAUCUGAGGACGGCUCAUAUUAACUUGCACAACGGCCAUAAAUUCAAAGCAGAAUACGUUCAUGUGCCGACUUAUUGUGAAAUCUGCAAUCAGUUCAUGUGGCACGCCGAGAAAAUCUUCAUUUGUACGGGUUGUCGAAUCAGUUGUCAUAAGAAGUGUCACUCGAAAAUUACACAUCCUUGCACUCGAUCAGCUCAGCGCACAUCGAAUACGAAAGGCGGACGUUUCUUUGGCGCUGAGUUGAACAGUUUGGUUGACGAUGAACAAUCAAUCCCGGUGGUCAUCGAUAAAUUGUUCAUGGCAAUCGAACUGAGGGCACUUUUUGUAGAGGGGAUCUACAGAAAAAGUGCUGCAAUCGGUCAAGUACGCAGUGCACGUCGAACCAUUGAAAGUGCACCGAAAUUCGAAGAAUUAUGUUUUGAUGAGGUACCUGUCCAUGUAAUUACGACACUCAUCAAAUCAUUUUUCCGUGAAAUGCCCGAACCGCUCAUCACAUACGAUCUCUACGAAAACUUUCUCAACGCUUCUGAAGUUGAAGAAGCAUUUGAAAGAAUUCGAUGCUUGAGUGUAAUGGUUGAAUUGUUACCAAAAUGCAACAGAAGCGUUCUUGAUCGACUGAUGUAUCAUUUAGCUAGAAUUGCUCAUCAGGAAUCGGUGAACAGGAUGGGAUCUGCGAAUUUGGCGUUGAUCUUCGCACCUUGUAUUUUACGCAGUAAUCAAAGCGUUCAUGCACAAGAACAGCUUCGUGAUGUGAACAGACAAGCGAUUUGUGUAAAAUCACUUAUUGAUGAAAAAUUGAGACAUUUUCGAAUUACGGUCACGCAGAUUGUUACGCUGGAACAUGCUAGUGAAAAGGCAAUGUCUUACAAUGAUACAGGAGAGCGCAAACGAUACCACCGAAGGUGGUUAUCCGAUGCUGAUAAGAAAAUUUUUAUUUACAACCGAGUUCAACAAGAGUGCAUUCAGAUAUCAGAGAACUUACGACGAAUUGACGAACACAAAAAGAGUUCUGACGAAAAACAACCGAUAUCGCUGGGACGCGAUAAUAUGGAAACUGCCAGACAGCUUUUCAUUGAGCAGCUUGAUUUUCUUGACAAUGAGAAAGAUAAGCUGAUCCAGGACUUGCCACCAUUAGUACCAGUCGCAUCAUCCGAGGAUCUCUCGUCGAGUGACGAAAACAGCAAUUCUGCGUUUACCGCAGAACAACAUCAAGAAGAAUAUGCUCUCGACUUGGAUGCACCACCCAUCUUUGGUACUCUCCCGAAUCCGUCAGCAACUCGUGCACGUCGUCCACAAACUAGGCCACCAUCAAGGCCGUUUCGAUUAGCAUUCGCCUCCGCUCAGUUCUCUUUUCCUACCUAUGAUCUUUUAAAAGCGAUAUGA